AUGCCGACAGAAUUCAUCAGCUUGACAUUCCCCAAUGCAUCGACCGAGGUCAAUCCAAUUCCAAAUGCUUCCAUUGAUCCAGAGUAUCUCGUUCGCUAUGCUCGGACUUUGGAUGAUUAUGGCUUCAACUACACUCUAGUGCCGUAUGAUUCGUCUUAUUUCGAUCCAUUCACAGUUGGUGCGACUAUCGCAUCGGUGACGAAGAACCUCAAGAUUAUCAUCGCGCUUCGGCCAAACACUCUUUACCCAACGGUCGCAGCCAAAGCUCUCGCAACUCUCGACCAGUUGAGCUCGGGACGAGCCGUUGUGCAUUUCAUCGCAGGUGGUAGUGAUAUCGAACAGGCUAGGGAGGGCGACUUCCUGACCAAAGAUCAACGAUACGCACGCCUUGAAGAAUACAUUAAAAUUCUGCGCCGGGCCUGGGAAUCGGCAGAUCCGUUUGACUGGGAUGGCCAGUACUAUCAAUUUAAGCAAUUCAGCAACAAAGUCCGUCCUGUCAAUGGCACUAUCCCAGUAUCAGUGGGCGGUUCCUCGGAUGAAGCGUACCGCAUUGGUGGCUCGCUUGCCGAUAUUUUCGGUCUUUGGGGAGAGCCGCUGAAGGAGACGAAGGAGCAAAUCGAUCGUAUCUAUGCCGAAGCGGCAAAGGCAGGCCGUGCGGAGAAUGACCGACCUCGAAUCUGGGUCACCUUCCGUCCUAUUAUUGCAGAGACGGACGAGCUUGCUUGGGCAAAGGCACACCGAACGCUGGAUACACUGAAUGCCACCCGUGCUAACGGGCAGGGCAAGGCCCCCACAAAUGCUCCACCUCCGCAAAAUGUUGGCUCUCAAAGGCUGCUGGAUAUUGCUGCCAGGGGCGAAGUUCAAGAUCGCGCUCUUUGGUAUCCUACCGUCACUGCAACUAAUGCCCGUGGAGCAUCGACUGCGCUGGUCGGGUCGCCGCAGACAAUCAACGAUUCAAUUCUGGAUUACGUCGAUCUUGGAGCCGAAUUGAUCUCCAUCCGUGGCUAUGAUAAUCUCAAUGAUGCGAUUGACUAUGGACGCUAUGUCUUGCCAAGUGUGCGAAAGGUGUUGAAAGAGCGGAAGACUUCGGGAGAAUCCAAGGGCACGACAACCUAA